CUUCUUAUCAGUAAAUAUGCUGCAUCCUGCGCACCAACUCGAGGUUCUCGCUUAGUGGCCCGAGUAUUAUCUUGAAAUAUGGACUUGUUCUCAAAGAAACAAAAGCAAGUGGGUGUUUCCGAAGACUCGGCACGCCCUCGUAGUCGAACCAUGCCUAAUUUGGUGCGGGACAAGAUCUCGGGACGAUUCUCAAGGACAGAACCACAAUUGGACAUAAGUUUGCCCACCAACUUCACGCACAAGGUUAAAGUCAAAAAACAAUCUGACGGAACGAUUGUAGGUAUGCCCGAAGAAUGGAUGACUUACUUCUUAAAACAAGUGGAAGAAGAUUGCAGGAAUGGCAACUCGGAGGCUGCCGAAGCGGGCGCGAGGGUCCUCAAGUUUUUCCAAGAGUUCUCGAGGGAUGGAUCCAAGCGUCGGGGGAAAGGACCUAUCCCACCAUUACCCCAUGCCCACUGUCCCCCACGGGCUGAGAAGCCCAUGCCACCCACUAUAAAAAAGCCCGAAUCUCCUGCCCACCGCAGUACUUUCUACUUGAACGUCACACCCGCCACGCCUACAUCAAGCCAUCUACCAACAGUUCAAGUUCCUCAAUCGCCGAUGGAGUUCCAAAACAGUGAACAAUAUUUCUCUGUAUUAGAAGACACUGAGGAAUUUGAGUGUCUGCAACUAUCGGAAGCUCAUAAAAGCAUGGCUAACGCUAUAUUAGAGCUGAAGAAAAAUUUCGGAGAGAAGCCCACUAGCUUUAAAAGACAAACCUUCCGAUCCAAACCGCCACAACCACCGAGUGUUUUGGUGGAACUUCGGCCAGAGAGUGGAUCAGGUCAGUUUAACGGCGACAAACCCUUGGGCGCUUAUCGGCAAGUGUCAAAUUUUAAUGACGAAGAAGCCUUGGAGGAGAUGAAGAAGUUGUGCAACCCAAAGACAUUGGAGAAGAUUUACAGCAAAGGUAAGAAGUUGGGCUCCGGUUCUGGAGGCGUGGUGUAUCACGGAGUCCAUGGCCAGACCAGAGAUAAAGUGGCCAUCAAAACAAUCGACUUGAAUUCUGGCGACAAGAAAGUGCAUCUACUGAUGGAGGUUCUUGUCAUGAGGGAACUAGUCCAUCCCAAUUUAGUGUCUUUCCUGGAUAUCUUUGUCACACAAUGGGAACUUUACGUGGUGAUGGAAUACAUGGACGCUGGAGCUUUAACCGACGUGGUUUUAUGUACCAUCCUGAAAGAACCUCAAAUGGCUGCCAUUUGUAAAGAAGUUCUCAAUGGCCUAGGAUAUUUGCACGAACACGACGUGGUUCAUCGUGAUAUCAAGUCCGAUAAUAUAUUACUUUCUCUCAAGGGGGCCGUCAAGAUCACAGAUUUCGGCUUUGCCGCCAACGUCGCGGGAAAUCGUAUGCGUAAAACAUUUGCCGGUACGCCUUAUUGGAUGGCUCCUGAAAUUAUCAAAAAGAACACUUACUCGACCCAAGUCGAUGUCUGGAGCAUGGGAAUCUUGGCCAUUGAAAUGCUGAAUGGAAAUCCUCCUUACAUGAACGAGACGCCCAUUCAGGCCAUGUACCAGAUCUCUCAGAAAGGCCAUCCCCCAAUCAACAACGACAACAUAUCUCAAGACCUUCGAUCCUUUCUAGACGCGUGUCUUCAAUUCCAACCCGAGAAACGAGCGACUGUUCCCGAACUCUUGCAACAUAAAUUUCUAGGCAAGGCCGGACACUUGUCAUCGAUUGUGCCGAAUAUCAAAGCAACCAUACAGAAGAAAAAGGGCUUGAUAUGACUUGAUGCCAAUUAUGAUUUGUCGCUCCUAAAUUUGUACAAGGCUCUAGGAUAUGCUGGAAAUACAUAUGCCAUCUUAAUUGGUUGCCGCUC